CGUCACCAACACACAUUAUCCGACCAUUUGCAUCUGACAGUUCAUGCAUCCCAAAAUAUCUUUCUUUCCAAAACUCGCCGCGUCUUCGUCUCUUCUUCUGCUUCCAAUUUUUGCCGUGCCAAGCAUUCCCAUCCGGGGAGCACGCAAUGCAUAUCCUACGCGUUUGAUCUCCUUCACCAAAGGCAACCCUGGGUAUCGAAUAGCGCACUCCGAAGGACACGCACUCGGUACCAGCAGCCCUUUUUCACAUUCGGCAUAAAUUGUCAGGUCAAGGUUAUCGAUAAAAAAAG